AUGUACCGACCUGUACGUCUUCUGGGUCUGGCUCUUUUUGGCCGCACUGGCGAACAGCAGGGAAAUUUGAAAAACCUCAAAGCAUUGGAAGUAUGUGCGAGAAAUAAGAAAUUUCUGAUCUCCUUUUGCGAUGCUCUUAAGGGACCCGGAAGUCGCAGCGUCACGCCACCCAGCUCUGUGCAUCGUCUGCGACCCGGUGACGUUGACAUCAUAGGAGCACUCGGCGACUCCCUCACAGCGGGAAAUGGAAUUUAUGCCAGCAAUGCGAACCAAUUGACCGUGGAGAAUCGAGGAGUGUCUUUUGCAAUAGGCGGGCAUGGCAAUUGGAAGCAGUAUUUGACUCUGCCGAAUAUACUAAAGGAGUUUAAUCCCAGACUAUAUGGCUAUGCCUUAACUGAUGGCUUGGCCUCGGAUCGGACAUCGCGUUUCAAUGUCGCUGAGCCGGCUGCUAUGUCACGGGACAUGCCCUACAUGGCAAGAGUUCUGGUGAAGCGCCUACAGCGGGAUCCGCAUGUGAAUAUGGAGCGUGACUGGAAAAUGGUAACCCUAUUGAUAGGCAACAAUGAUUUCUGCUUGGAUCUGUGCUUGAACGACCGUCCUGCAGAGACAGUGGCUCGACAUGAGCUUAACAUGCUGCAGACAUAUCGGUACUUACGGGACAAUGUGCCUCGUCUGAUCCUUAAUGUGAUACAGCCUCCGGACUUGACGUUCCUUAUGCGUAUGAAGCGACUGCCUAGGAUUUGUUCCCGCAUCCUUUUACCCUUCGAAUGUCCUUGCCUAUAUGGCCUGGCCGCAAAGCGCCGCCUGCCUAAGCUGUCACCCAUUAUAAAGCAAUGGCAGGCAAAGGAUAAAGAGAUUGUGAAUCGUGCUGAGUUCAACACAGAGACCUUCACCAUUAACUACCACAACUUUACCACAUUUGAUGAGUUUAUAGAGCUUGCGAAUGGCCGAACUGACUUGCGUUUUCUCUCCUACGAUUGCUUUCAUUUGAGUCAGCGAGGCCAUGCUAUGGUGUCAAAUGCCUUGUGGAAUAAUCUGUUUGAGCCACCGUACAACAAGAGUUCAAUGGAUCCACAACUCAUGCGCGUCUUUCGUUGUCCCACAACGCAACAACCUUAUAUCUUAACUCGUAUCAAUAGCGCUGCCAAUUUUAAACUUUGA